AUGAAACGCUGCCGCGCAUCUCCCAGUAAAAUGGGGAAGGUCACUGGUGGGGGAUCGGCAAAAAAACCAAUUAAAUCGACGAAUCAACCAGGGCCUUCCAAGAAAAAGGAAAUAGAUAGAGAAGGAAGAAAACAAGGUCAAAAAAGAAAGACAGCCAAAAGGAAAGCUGAGGAGCACGAGGACUAUUCCCCUCCAGGAGAAAAAGGUUCUUCAAAAAAGGUGAAGCUAACAAGUGCUAAAAUAGGGUCUUGGCAGCCUCUCUCCGAGAACAGUAGGCAGUUUCUGGAAACUGUAAUGAAUUCAGUAAUGCUAUCUGUGUUGUGCCAACAUAGUUCAAGAAACGAUGAUGUUCCCAAGCACUUAAAUUUACUGAAAGAAAGGGUGCUGAGAGUUUUCAAGACAUCAAAAAUGCCUCCAGGGAACCUGAGAAACCUGAAGAAUGUCCCGAGCCUUCAGAUGGCAGAGAAGCAAAUGCUUGAGACAAAUGAAAAGACUUUGGAACAGUUGCAGGAGGAAAUAACUGAAGCUGUGAGAUCAGCAGACCGCAUUGAAGAAACUAUACAGCAACUGCAGUACAAAAUCCAGGUGCUCAAGAACCAGUUAGAGGAAGAGGAAAAGAAGGCCAGGAAGGUAUUGCAGGAAAAUGGCAGCGGAGCACUCCACCUUCCAGAACUCCCCAAGCACAGCUUACAAGCACCCACUUUGCAGGAAGAAAUUUUGAAGAUAAAAAAUCAGGAUGGUCUUUUAAGGGAUAUGAAUGCUAUUCAGCAGUCAGCUGACAUGAAGAACAUGUUAACCCUUAUUGAAAAGACCUAUGAGAAGGUGGACUUCCUUUGA